AUGUCUCUGUAUCCGUCAUUGGAAGAUAUGAAGGUGGAUAAUAUGAUACGCGCUCAGUUGAGUCAACAGCAUAACGGACCACCAUCUUUCCCUCCUUCUUAUCAACAAAACGCGUCGCCUAGUGCCCCUCGCCAUGUUUACCCCGCCCUUGGUGAUUAUAUGGGGCUUGAAUUAUCCCAAGAUGUAAUCGCUCGCAAUAUGCCUGAAUAUCAAGUUCAAGUGCCCCAACCUGGCGGACUAGCAUCCUCAUGUAAUAUGAUAGCGCCACUUUCAUCACAGUCUUCAACUCUGUCUAAAGCAAUUGUAUCUGGCGCUAUAAGGCAAGUGAUGUUAUGUAAAGACCGAGAUGGGAAAUGUGGACUAAGGCUUCAUUCUGUAAAUAAUGGAGUAUUUGUUUGCUACAUUGCGGCUGGAAGUCCAGCUGCUUUAGCUGGUUUAAGAUUUGGAGAUCAGAUACUUGAAAUCAACAAUGUAUCUCUUGCUGGCAUGUCAAUGGAGCAAUGUCAUGCUAUUUUAAAGAAGUCACCGACUAAUGGAAUCAAUAUGGCUGUUCGUGACAGACCUUUUGAACGAACAAUCACACUACACAAAGAUUCCCUUGGACAUGUUGGCUUUCAGUUUAAAAAUGGAAACAUAGUUGGAUUGGUCAAAGAUUCAUCUGCAGCUCGUAAUGGUUUACUGACAGACCAUCAGAUUCUGGAAAUAAACACUAUAAAUGUUGUGGGCAUGAAAGAUAAAGAGAUCUCUAAAGUUAUUGACGAUGGCCAGACUGUUGUGAAUGUAACAGUAAUUCCACAAUAUAUCUACAAACACAUGAUAAACAAGAUGUCAAACUCACUGUUCAAAGAAUUGGACCGCACACCUGCUGUUUAA